GAUGGGGUGGCAGGUGAUGGGACAGGGAAAUUAAAUUGUUUUAUAGUAAAUAUGUUGAGAUACUUUUCCUGGAAAGCUCUUUCAUGAGCAGGAAUGAUAUUUCCCUUGCUCAUGAGCUUGUAAUGGGUUCUUUCUCUGCAGAGAAGGGGAAAUCGUCUUCUUCCAGGACAUCUUUUUCUUUCUUUCCUGUAGUUCCAGCUUUGACCUCCCAUGUUUCUUGGUGGGGUGGGGGGAGGCAGUUAAGAAAGUCCAUAUUGAAAAGGUGAGUCAAGAUUCAGAUACUGGUGCUGCCGUGUGAGCCCAAGAGGGGCUGAGUCUCUUUAGAAGUGAGUUACUAAAGAACCUCUCAUUUAUCCAGUACCUCGGCUGCAGUUUGACUUUAUCAUACUGGCCUUGAAACUGGAGAUGUAAAAACUUUCUGGGUGGUGUCUGGUUCAUGUUCUUUCCAUCCCUUCAUCCAGGUUGGAAGGACACCAGGGAUUUUGAAGCCUGGCUACUUGGGCUGAGAACCUGUUUUAGUGAUUAAUAUGGAACACAGUUGCAAGAUUAAAAACAAUAAAAAACAACCCUGAGAAGCAGAGCAGUGUAAUUAUUCCUUACAUUUCAGAUGGGGAGCCCAGGGAAAAGUCAUUUUUAAGGUAUGAGAAUAAAGUCCACGUGUGAAGCUGCUAGUGCCUAAUUCAUGACUCACUGAGAGGAUGGCCUGUUCACAAAAAGUAGUAGCAUCUUUCUUGCUGUUGUUUGUGCUCAGAAACUGCUAGAUCAGCCUUUCUGAAAGUUGUACUGUGGGAUUCUUGAAAAAACUUACUCUGUGAUCAAAUGAGUAUGGGAAAUGCUGUGCUCCGUAUUGCUUCUCCUAGAGGUUCACAAUGCCUGUUGGUAAAUGAAAGACACCGAGAAGUCCUGCAGUCAAGAGACCUGUUUAAUUUUGUUUCAGCCAGCAUUGUCUAAAAAGAGUUUGACCAUACAUUUUUCCCAUUGCUUAAUAUCUCUCUUUUUUUUUUUUUAAAGAUUUUAUUUAUUUAUUUGACAGAGAUAGCUCACAAGUAGGCAGAGAGGCAGGUGGGGUGGGGGGGAAGCAGGCUCCCCACUGAGCAGAGAGCCCUAUGUGGGGCUCGAUCCCAGGACCCUGAGAUCAUGACCUGAGCUGAAGGCAGAGGCUUUAACCUACUGAGCCACCCAGGUGCCCCAAUAUCUCUUAACAUCUUGGAGAACAUACACAGUUAAGUGCCUUGCAAAUACAGAACUUGACCAAUAGUAGGAGGAAAUGAAGGUGAGUGUGAACACAGUCCUAAAUCCUAUAUUCAGGGUUAUGAAUUGAGGUUAUGCCUAGAGCUUCUGAAACUUCUUUGGACAGCUUUGACAUGUGGUACCACAUUAAGGUAACUUAUCUACUCAAGUUCCUUCCCUCAAGUUUCUGUAGCAUAAGAAUUUGGAGGCUUUGGUUGAGUUCCUAAAGGUGUGGUGUAUUAUACAUUUUUAGGAAGGGACUUUGGAGCAAGAAGGUAGUGUGUCUGGGCUCCUGAAAAGCUACAAGUAUUGUUGAAAGUGUGACUUGCCAAAAGACUUAAGUGGUUCCUAAACAGUAGCUAUCAAAAUACCUGUUAUGAUAGGCCUAGGGUCCUCCCAUUUUGUGUCUAGGACAUACUUUUAUAUGGUGUUAGAAUUUUUUGGUAGUACAUGAAAGGAUUAAAAGGUUAAGUUCUUUGAAAAAAACAAGUUUUAGAAAGUUGAAAACCUGUAUAUUUAUUUAUUCACCAUCUGGUAUGUUCCUGUUUGAGUAGAACUGUUUACUGCCUUGAUCUUGUUCUCUUAUAUCCAUUCAUAUACCUUCCUCCAGACACAUUAUCUUUAUUUUAUUUGCAGCAAAUUGGGCCAGGGGCCAUAUUGUGGCUCAGUGGUUUGUCUGAAAUCUUCAUGAAAGUGGGUGGAUCUCGAGUUGAAUGAAAGUCAAUUCUAGAAAUUGUUUAAAGUGUAAUGGCACAAUUGUUCGGGGUUUCUGGUGUACCACUGCUCUGCCGCAUGCCGGUUGGGAUGUACUUUUAGAAGUACUAAGAGGCUAAGACUUUAUCCUGUGGAAUUUAGGACUGGAUUGGACAAACAAGACAUAAAGCCGCAGAACGUUAACAGUGCCUCAGUUUGUGGUACGUUCAGUCCAGGGGUUCACAUGAGAGGGAGAGGACUGUUUGCAGGACUUAGGAAGUAGAGGUGGAAGCUGGAUUGUGCAGAAUGGGUGAAUUUGACUAGUGCCCAGAACAGAGAAGCAAGCGUUUGUCUGGGACAGGCUAGGCUGGUGCUGACAAUUCAGGAGAAGGUACAAGGGUAGGAAUGAAUGUAGAAGAGAUGGGCUUGGCCAGAGUUUGCUUGUGUGCUGUGGAACCACAGGAGGUACGGUCGGAUGAGCAAGGUGAGACCUUGCAGGGGGACAGGUGGGUCUGCUGCCUCAUCUUGUACAUGGUCCUCUCAUCACGGUGGGGAACAGUCUCAUUUCACCCUGGCUGUUGGGGCUGUGUCCCUGUUUCCUGGCCAGAAGGGUAAGCAGUUUAACACAAUAUAAUGAUUACUCGUUGAUUAAAAAAAAAAUCUUAUUUGGGGUGCCUGGGUGGCUCAGUCUGUUGAGUGUCUGACUCUUGAUUUCAGCUCAGGUCACGAUCUCCUGGUGGCGGGAUUGAGCCCCAUGUCCGGCUCUGUCCUGAGUGUGGUGCCUGCUUAGGAUUCUCUCUCUUCCUCUCUCCUUCUCUGCCCCUUCCUCCUCUUGUGCUUGUUCUCUCCCUCUUGAUCUCAAACAAACAACCAAAUAAAUAAAUAAAAAUUUUAAAAAAUUUUAAUUAUAGGCCUCAGCUGCUGAGGCCAUUGGAGGAUUUAAUCCAGUGUAAGUGUAAAUGAAGAGUGAAGAGUGUCCUGUCUUGGGCUGUUUAAAUACUUGUGCACUGCCUGCUGCGCCAGGCCCUUGCCUGCCUGAGUCUUUUAACCUGGGUGUUAGCAUUUUAAAGGGACCCCUCAGGAGUUCUGGCCAUUGAGUGACUACCUCCUUCCCAGAUGGGAACUGUUGGCCAGACUGUGACUAGUCAACGUUUGUACCACCAAAGUACUCUAUUUUGUGGUUUAAAAAGAAUAAAAUUAACUACAUUAAAAAAAAAAUACUUGUACAUUAGAGCCGAAUUCUUAGUACUGGUAGAAGGUAGGGUAGGCACAGGCAAUACAAGGGACAAUCUUUCUGGAAAGCAGGAUCAAAUAAAUCAAGAGGCAAGGUUAAAAUUCCAAGCCAUGAGCACCGUCCUGAGUAGUCCCGUCUCCCCUCCUUAGCCCCGGGCGCCCUGAGGUGGCCUUGUUCUCCGUUUGUGGACAGGCUCCCCACCUUUGCCAGCGUUCUGGAAUCAGCAGGGACUGAGGCUUAUGGAAGUCAUGCCAGUCAUGCAGGGCGGUGGCCUCCACGGCAUCCAGGGGAGCCGAACUGCAGGAUGGGGCAGGGAGGAAAACUGAGUUGGGAUCCAGGAGUCUCCGACCUCCCUGAGAUACCUGUGUUUCCGUUCCUUCAGCACAAGGCAUUUUUAUUCAGACUAGGUUUAUGUAUUUGCUUUGAGUUUGCCGGGUGAGGGAGGAGAUGUGAAAUGAAAGGGGACUCUAGAUAACUGCCUAGAUUAAUUUCUGUCCCUCUGGACUCGCUUGUUGCCAAGAUUUUAAGGGGCCCCAUAGCUUACCACGGGGGCAUGUUGUGUUGUUUUUGUUUAAAAUAGGUCUUGCGCCCAGGAAUGCAGUCAGACUGUAAUGGUGACUAAGAGCCGGAAAGCGGAGAGGGAGGGGGCCCGAGUGGAAAAUGAGCCUGAGGCAAGAGAAGGUGGGCUGGGAAAAUGGGAGUUCCAGCAGGCCCACAGGCUGGUUAGAGAUUCUAACCCCGCAUUAACAGCCCUGUGAGAGGUUUAUUUACAGGGCACUAAUCAUUUUCGGGGGGAGCACCCCCACUUUAAACCAGCAAGUGUGUUGGAGAAACAGCCAACCGGAGAGCAUUUCAAAGGUGCUGAAGCCAUAGGAUUUCGCCACCAGCUAGGGAAACUAACCAUCAAGGAUGAUGAAGUGGACAAAAGGGAUGAAAAAGCUGAGUUGUUAAGCUGCUUUGAACAAAGUGGCACUAUUUCUCAAGUCAGAGCCAAAGGGAGUGGCUUGACAAAGUUGAAAUUUGAUUUUGAAGGGCCAGAGCCAAGUGUCGUGAGGAUGGUGUAGGUUGUGGGAGAGGACGCCUGCACCUGCUGUUUGGCAGCAGCUUUUAAAGUUCAACUUUGAAAGUUUGUUGCUGGGGUGAUCAGGCCCUUAGGGCAGUGCUUUGACCCUUAGUAAAGUGUCAGCAAAUGGCAGUUAAGUGAUCAGAGAGAUGAGAGAAGUGUUAUCCUUCACCCAGUUCAGGAAAUACAUUGAUCCUUCCCCCCUCGCUUCCUUCCUGCUGUGAUCCAGAAUAUUCAAUUUUUGGUUUCAUCUCUACCUCUUAACUUGGACCUAACUCCAGACGACAGGAUGGCCAGUGUCCCGGUGAAGGAACGGGUGAAGGUGUCUCAGAACUGGAGGUUGGGGCGCUGCCGAGAGGGGAUUCUGCUGAAGUGGAGAUGCAGUCAGAUGCCCUGGAUGCAGCUAGAAGGUGAUUCUCUGUACAUAUCCCAGGCUAAUUUCAUCCUGGCCUAUCAGUUCCGCCCAGAUGGUGCCAGUUUGAACCGUCGGCCCCUGGGAGUCUUUGCUGGGCAUGAUGAGGACGUUUGCCACUUCGUGCUGGCCAACUCGCAUAUUAUCAGUGCAGGAGGAGAUGGGAAGAUUGGUGUUCAUAAGAUUCAUAGCACCUUCACUGUCAAGUACUCGGCUCAUGAACAGGAGGUGAACUGUGUGGAUUGCAGAGGGGGCAUCAUCGUGAGUGGCUCCAGGGACAGAACGGCCAAGGUAUGGCCUUUGGCCUCGGGUCGGCUGGGGCAGUGCUUACACACCAUCCAGACUGAAGACCGAGUCUGGUCCAUCGCUAUCAGCCCAGUACUAAGCUCUUUUGUGACAGGGACGGCUUGUUGUGGGCACUUCUCACCCCUAAGAAUCUGGGACCUCAACAGUGGGCAGCUAAUGAUGCACCUGGGCAGCGACUUCCCCCCAGGGGCUGGGGUGUUGGAUGUCAUGUAUGAGUCCCCUUCCACGCUCUUGUCCUGUGGCUAUGACACCUACGUUCGCUACUGGGACCUCCGAGCCAGUGUCCGGAAAUGUGUCAUGGAGUGGGAGGAGCCCCACGACAGCACCCUGUACUGCCUGCAGACUGAUGGCAACCACCUGCUGGCUACCGGGUCCUCCUACUACGGGGUCGUGCGGCUGUGGGACCGGCGCCAGAGGGCCUGCCUCCAUGCCUUCCCGCUGACCUCGACGCCGCUCAGCAGCCCCGUGUACUGCCUGCGCUUCACCACCAAGCACCUCUAUGCGGCGCUGUCCUACAACCUCCACGUCCUGGACUUUCAGAACCCGUGACAGGGCCACCCCGGCCUGUGGGCCAGGGAGGCCAGCUACUCAGGGACCUCUCCGCUUGGAGGGUGCAGGGAUACCUCUGCCCUCCCCCACCCCCCGAUGCCUGUGCUCCUAGACCUGCGACCACAGUGCUUGGGCACCGUCAGGUAAAGGCUGCUGACUCCCGGGAAUUGGGGGUAUCCCUCCCAGGAACUAGAUGGAGAGAAAGGAUCUGCUGCUUUGAGAGAACAGCUGAACCUGGCCGGGAAUUGCUUCCCUGUUGGCCAGAGCAAGGAUCUGGUCUGGAUAGGCCAGCCCUACCCCUCACCCCUUCUUAGAGCCGUGCUAGCUUCAUGAGGUGAGGGGCUCCAGCCGUCCCUUUCUGCCCCUUCCUUGGAAGGAGGGGUGAGGCUGCCAAUCCUCUGUUCUGGCCCCGCCCUCCUCAGUCAGUCCCCUCCCUUGACCAAGCUCUUGGGGCUCAUUCCUGGGGCACUGUGGACUGGUCUCACUUUGAAACUGAGGAAGGACAAAGGGAACCCAGCAGUUUUGAGUGAGUUCUGAGACAGCCCAAUCUCAGGCUGGCUGCUAAGACAUGCUACAAUGUUCAUUUUUGUAAAAAUAAAGCUUGAUUGUUCACA